AUGGCGUCCAAGUACGCGAAACCGAUGGAAAUUCCCGCUGAAUUUCCUGUUAUCCUGCGUGACUUUACUCGUGAGGUACUGCGGCAGCAAGGGAAGGUGGAGACAAAAGAAGCCAUUUACGCUUUUGGAUCGCAGUAUUUUAAAGAUCUCAUAGCGAACCAAAAUGAGAAGAGAGAAUUUGACGAUUCCGUCUUGAGCGCUUUGACACCGGCACUCAUCAAAUCGGAUGAAGAGACGAUCAAAGGCCUGAUAAUCGCUGCGUUUGAUGAAGUUCAGCAACAACACGGAGGCUUCGUAGCCUAUGAAGAAUUUAAGCAGGUGCUGGAUCAAGUUGGUGAGCAAUUACAAAUGUCUUCCAUUGAAUUAAAAACACUAUAUGCUGAGGCAGAUGAAAGCGAGGGAGGUGUCAUUAACUGUGCCGAUUUUAUACCAUUAGCCAUCCAGGCGCUGUUACAGCUUCGUCUAAAUUAUACGCGAAGAUCGGCACGUACACUUUCGAUAACUAAGCGUGAUUCGGGAAGUUUUUUUCACGGUAUGUUGCAAGACGAAAUGGAAAGUAUUUUACGAGAGAUUUUCCAGCGUGCAGAUGAGAAAGAAAUUGGGGCACUUACUCGAUCGGCAUUUAUGGACGCAAUUCGAGACGCAGACCUUGGUUUUACUCGCAAAGAGGUGAACAUUCUGAUGUCUGAAGCACCAGCGGCGGAGGAAGAUACAAACAUGAUCGUUUAUCCAGAUUUUGUACCCAUUUGCUUUUCGGUGUUAGAAGAAACCUACAAUCAUGGCAUUCUUGACGAACUCAGCGAUCCAGACUGGAUUGCUCAAUAUCUCACAGAAGUCUUCGCGAGCGAGGAUGGCGAAGGCACCGGUCGUUUGUCGACUGCAGAGAUCGCUCGACUUUUUCGUACCGCCGAUGUGGGACUGACGAGACUACAAAUUAUUGCUGUAAUGGCUGAGGCUCAGGAAGACGACACGGGUCUGAUCGAAUACCAAACCUUUGCUUCCCGAAUCUCGGGAAUGGUGCUAGCGCUUACUAAUGUCGAGAGUUACCACUCCUGUUCUGCGUUUCUUCAGAGGUAUCGAACGACGAGCGAAUACUACACAGUGCUCAAUAUGAACCAGCAUACUUUCGAGCAAGCACUUUCGAGCGCUUUUCAAGCGGAUGAUGGAGGUGACCACGGUAUGCUCAUUCGUGAUCAUGUACCAAAAGCAAUUCGAAGCGCUUUUCCCGCAAUCACCGACCGUCAAUUGCGAUCGAUACUGGCACUGUCAGAGCCCGACCAAUCGGGGAAAAUAAAUUCUAAUCUGAUUACUCGCUCGGCUUUCCAGGCCCUCCAAAAGCUUCAAGAAUAUGACAUGAUGGUCACCGUAUCAUAG